AUGGCCAAGCGCAUCGAGGGGGAGAUCAAAAACAUCAUUGGGGACAUUUACGUGUCGACGAUCCUAAUUAGCAGCAGCAGAAUUGCAAAGAGAGAAGUGGCCCUGUUUUUAGGUAUAAGCCUAAACGACCUGUUCCAGCCCUUCGGAUGUUCCAACCACUUGGUGAAUGACAAAAAUGAACAAGUAGACCUAACCCUAAGUGGAGCUGUAAACAUAAAUUACUUAAACAAAAAUAAUGUCAUAUGCCAAAAGACAAUAGAGUACGAGAAAAUUAAGCUGCAAUUUGUUAACCUUGAAGAAUACAUAGAUGUGAAAUUGGAUUCAUUGGACCGGCUCCUAAUUGACACCAUUUCUCACAAUGAGCCUGAUUACACAGACAUAUACAAUGAAAGAAAUUUAAGUGCUUAUUUUGAGAAGAAUAAUGAAGACGGUGCAGAGCAGAGUGAAGACCAUUUGAACUACAUUUGUGCAAACUCGAAUGCGUUAGCACCUGAUGUGAAAAAAGAAGUUUUGAGGAAGCCCCCGGGGGGGGGAGGCUUCCCCUCUCACAGUGUGUACAGGCAAAGGGCGGGAGGACCAACCUUUUCUCCCGCGCACACACAAUAUGCUGCACAUGCCGCACAUGCCCCACAUGCUACAUCUACCACGCCCGCACUUGGACCCUGCACAGACAGGAAAGAAUCCCUGUCGAACGUGCACAAAUAUAACGCCUUCUUCGUUCCGUGGUUUAGGACCUACUUUAAGACGGCCUGGAAGUACACACACAUGUUUAGCGACAGCUCCUGUACCCCCCUAGGACUCAUAUACAUUGGCAGCACCAGGGACGAAAACAUAAUUGAUACAUACAAAAGCAUGAUGCAGAAGGAUUUAAAAAAGGAAAAUGUGAAUAUACAUAAACACAUUCCCAAGUGCAUAAUUCUCCUUCACAUCUCGAGCAACCACGAUGAUGACAUAGAAACUGAUGUGCAGAAAUUGUUUGUAAAAAUUCAAUCCACCUUCCCCAACUUCAAAUGCCAUUUGCUUAUUAUCAAGGCCCAUCGAUUUUUGAAUACGUGUGUGGGAGGAGGAGGAGGGGAGGAAUUUGUACAUGAGGCUGAUACUGAUAAGGGGCAGCAUUUAGACGGUGUUGAAUCUGUGCCUAGUGUGAGACGACACCCUUCUGAUGAUGAGCUAAACAGACAACGCUGUGAACAGCAAGGAGAGGCUAAAGUGAAAGAAAACUCCACCCAGCAGCUGUACUCCAAGGAAAGCGUCCUGGGGGAUGAACGCUUAUUAUCCUACACGGAAAUUAACUCCGUAAGGAAGAACAAGAACAAAUUUUGUUCGCAAAAAAAACCUCACCAUGUUCGAUUAAAUAGUAUACAGGAGUUAUAUGCUGAAAACUUGGGUAGCCAUUUUAAUGACUCUGUUCAGGAUGGAAUAAAAGCGGCCACAAGCAAUAUCGAAAUUGAGGAAAUGAAAAAAGUGAAAAGAAAUUUUUCCAAUCAUAUGAGUUGUGUUUAUGAUUACAUUUUGUCAGAUGAAAUUAUAUACAUAAGUAAGAACGACCCUUUACAUUUGGACGAAGAUUAUUUCUGCUGCUGCCUUGACCAUGUAGAUAUUGUCUCCUUAAAAAUGUUUUUUCAUAACUUUGUGCAAAUUUGUGUAAUACCCUACAUCAGCACAAUGACCUACGACAUCAACCACCUCAUUUUGAAGAAUCGGAAAACGUUAAGAAAUCAGUUGAAGUUCAUGUGGAAGAGAACAAAAUUAAAUUUUAGUUCAACUGAUGCUGCUUUGUUGGUCGCCGAACAGACAGGCAGUGCUUUUCUCAAUGCCACGCAAAAUGUACUGGCGCACAGUAUUGACCCCAUAGGUGGGAGCAACGCUCUUCCUGGUAAGUACGCCCUGGAGGAAGAAAAAACUGCCCUUGGCGAAGACCAACAGAAAAGCAUUCCAACCGACUAUGCGUCAGUGCAAAGGAGCGCAAGUGGGGAUUCGUCGAAGAUGGGGGGAGGGCCCGAUGUCCUCGUCGCAAGUGGAGCAGUUAACGCGGUUAACACCGCUAGUAUGGCUAGCAUGGCUAAUACAUGUAACAGCGGCAACACGGUUGACGUCUCUCCCAUGGGGGAAGCGAAGAGCUACAAGAAGGAACCCCUGGAGUGGCUGUACAAAACCCUCAGCGAUAUCUACUUCAUCCUGGGUGAGUACGAAUUAGCCUACAACACACUAAAAUUUUGCAUCAACGAAUUUAAGCAUGAAAAAUUGUAUUUCUACUUAGGAAAUAUUUACAAACUUACGAGCCUUUCCAUUUUCAGCAUGGAUGGCCAAGUGAACAAAAAGGAUUCCCUGUACUACCUCGACCUCAGCUACCAAAUGUUUUCAAAAUGUCAACACCUCAACUACAUGUUUAUUUGCUCCAUAUUAAAUUAUUAUUUGUCUCUUAUUCAUGAUGAGAAGAAUGAGGCAUCGGUAAACAUUUUAAUAAACGCCAAUGUGGAUUUUACCUACCUGGACGAGAAACUCAUUGAGGAAGGAAGACCCGUGGGGGGAGAAGGCAGACCCACCAAAUUGUCCUUCCAAAUUAACAAUAUAAGGUCUGGACUACUCCUAGAGCAAAUAACCUACAGUUACAAGAAAAGGAAAAAAAAAAAAAAAAAAAAAAAAGGUGCACAAUGUAGUAACGCAUUGAUCGGCAUCAUAAGCCCAGGAAAUGAACAAGCCACCAAUUCAGUUCAUAAGAGUGAUGAAGGUCUUGAUGUGGACGGCUCUCAACGGGACAUCACUACGAUGGGAGAGCACCACCUGAACAGGCCAUCUGAACAUGCGCAAAAGCAUGUGAGUGAUGAUAAUAUAACUUCUGGGGGAGCCCAACUGGGGGGCACAUCACAGGAAGGCAAUCAAUCCCGUCACCCCUCGUUUGGACAAAGUUAUAAUGGACUUCAAUACGAAGGGAAUGAAAACAAAAGUGAGCACUCCCACCAGCGAAGACAAACCGUCGAGACGUUCACCAGCUCAGAUGAUUAUGAGGAGGAGAGUCACCAAAGUGUAGGUCGAAAAAAUCGCAGUGUACAAAAUGCCCUCCUGCAAGAUGACCAAGAUGAGCAAAUUGUUCAAAAAAAAAACGAUUACAAGUGUAGGAAGUACCUAUUCGAAAUGACCCUGGCAGGACACACAUUCAACAAAUGUGGAUUUAAGAAAUUGGCCCUGUUUUGUUACUCCAAGGUUUUAAAAAAAUAUGAAAAAAAAAAAAUGAAACACAUUUAUGAGCACUUGCAUUUUAUGAUGGCUCGCCAAGCAUUCAGUAUCAAUUUGUACUACGAGGCACUCAACCACUACAUCUGCAUUUUGAAUUCCAUCGCCAAGAGCUUCGAACAGUCCUACGUCCUGAAUGGACAUGUAGAUCUGUACUGUGCCUCACCGGAUAAAGAAAUUAACUUCAUUAGGGAGUUUGCCUACGUGUACAAAAUUUAUGUGGACCGAGUUUUGAACAGGUUCUUCAGGAGGAUGAGGGAUCGGGGUGCCCAGCAAGGAACACACGAGGGUAAUCAAAUGGAUUCAAUGGACGACUCGAUGGGCGAACCGCAUCAAGCUUCAUCAAACCAAACCUCACACAACCAUACGUCGCCAAACCGAAUGAUGUACUUCCAGGAGGACAACGAACAAAACAUAAUAAAACCCCUCAACCUCCGAAUCCCCCUCCUACACAUAAGGGACGAUGAAGGUUGCUUCUUAAACUCCAUUCAUGUAACCAAAACUAACAUUUAUACAUACCAAAACAGAAUCGAAACUAACUUCUUCAACAUCAUCAAGGAGUGUCUGUUUAAAAUGAAAACGUAUGACACGACAAUUGAUGACCUGUACACCAUCAUGGCCAAGGAGUUUAAUAAUUUAUCUGUAUCGAAUCUUCACGAGCUGAAUUACCUCCACGUCACAUGUAAGAAAUUUAUAAAUAGUGUUUUCAACGAUUGUAUUGAGUGUUCUUCGUGCGAGUUUCCCUUUUGUGAUGGUGAAUCUUCCGCGGGGGCUACCUGUACUGAAGGCAAGACGCAUAACAACGCCAUGUACACGCCAGGGGACACACCCAUCAUCAAGUCGAUCAACACAACCCCAUUCCUAAGCUCAAGCAGCAAAGAAUGCUUCACCACGUACGUGCGCGAACUAAAGAAAAAAUUUACCAACUGCCUCCCCCUCAUGCAGUCUGUAGGAGGGAAAAAUAUAUAUCAGAGGUCCGCAACCAAAGAGGAAACAAUGGUAAACACCAAGUUCGUUCAGUACGCUUCGAAGGGGGAGUACAUAUUUGUCACUUUUAAGUUGGUGAAUCCUCUGCACACGAAGGUGGAAUGCCAGGGUGCUCACAUCUGCGCGCACUACCAUAACGAAGGCAUGAAUAGCGACAUCGAGGUUGAGAAGAGGGUAAUAAUUUUGGAGGCCAGGGAGACCAGGGUGUUCACUCUCUUCCUGCGCCCGCAGAAGAGGGGCUUGCUGUUCAUUUCAGGAAUAACGUGGCACCUGUUUGGCCUCGUCAAGGUACACCAGAACUUCUUCGCACAUGGCAUGAAGAAAUUAAACAAAAAGUUCGACCGCAUGCACACCAUCAAGUACGACGAAGUGUACAACUGCGAUGGUAAGGAGGAUAAAAAGCAAAGUGUAAAGAAGCUCAACAAGGAAAUUAACUCAUACACUUGGUCUAGCAACAUAGGAAUGCCAGAAGGGAACAGCUCAGACAAAAUGAAGCAGUACGAGGUGGACAACAGACUGCUCCUCUACAUCUACGACAACACAUAUCAUUUCUCCUUCCAAUUUGAAAACAUCCGUUCGGGGGAGAAGCGAGACGUCAACAACUACGAGGUAGAUUUUGUGGAGCUUCUGGAAGGUGAACAGUUUGAGAUGGUCCUCACAGCUGUUAACCAUUCAACCAUGCCAGUGAACUACCUAAGUUUGUGCAUAACCCCGUCCAGCCUUUUCAACUGCUAUAAGGUAGUACAUAACGAAGAGGAGUACCUACUUGGGGAACCUCCAAAUGUACAACGUAUGCUACACCAUGAUGAGGGAAAGCACGAACAUACGUGUGGAGCGUUCCCUCAAGAGAAGAACGCACAGGUGGAGGAAAAAUUGCACCCAAAUGAACUGAACUCCAAGAGGACAAGGCUCUCCAUAGUUGCCGACCUGUAUACUGAAGAGGCACUACGUGAAGACACCAAUGUGUUUAGACAAAAAUUUAAAAACAAACAAAUUCAGCACAUAAAGAUCAGUGGAGAUAUUUUCCCAAAUGACGUUUUUUACCUGCACGUUCAGGUAAAAUCGAACUGUACAGGGAUGCACAAAUGUAUGAUAACAGCUUUGUGUAAACAUAAAAAUGAAGAGAUUAAAGUGGGAGGAGAUGACACACGCAUGAAGAAGAAAAAAGAAAGUUCCCUAAGUUAUCCAGAAAUGUUUAUCGAGAGAAAGGAAAAAUGUUUUUUAUUUCUAAGGCUGUUGCAUGUCGUUCCUUUGGUCAGGCUAAGUACAUACAUCCUUAACCCUUGCCAUGGUCCAAAUUCGUUCAUUUAUUUCUUCAUGCACAACUUGUGCAGGAGUGAUAUUUACAUGAACAAUAUACUUUUGGAGCGUGAGAAAGGACCUCCUUCUCUCACCCAUGAAAAGGGUCCUCUUCAAAAAAAAGAAGAUAUGCAUGCCAGUUCGACCUUCACCAAUUUGAUUACCGUGCAUGCGUCCGAUUUUGUGUACCUGAGAAGAGGAGAAAAAUCCACGGCGCUUCUCUGCGCUAGGGGAGCUUCUCCAAACGUAGCAUUGAACGUGUCGCGAAACACCCCGCAGAAUGCAGCCCCUGUCGCUGUCCACAUGAACUGGGUUGUGAAGGAUGGAACACACACCCGCAAGGGAUACAUGAAAAAGGAAAUCCACUUCCCCACCGAUAUAGUAACCCUCUCAGUGGAUCAAACGAAUAGAGAUAUUUACCUGAAUGAUCAAAAGGAAAAAAAUUUUAAAAUAGCGAUCAACAUUCAGAACAACUCAGGAGAAGACCUUACUAAUUUUUAUGUGCAAGCUCAAGAGGUGAACUCCAUGAAUUCAGCUCUCUCCAUGGACUGUUACGAUAAUGAAGAGGGACAUGAGUUGGAAGUUCCCUUGUUGGACGUUCCCGAGGCGGGUGUCGAUGCGGGGGAGAAUGUGGACAUACGCAGCUGCCCAAAUGAGUUGGGGGUCUUCCAAAUCGAUCAGAUGUUGGAGAACAAAGGCGGAUGUGAUGGGGUCAUCCCCCAAUGUGGUAUGGACGAAACAAAAGGACAAGCGAGCGUCCCUCAUUUCUCCUACCAGUCCGCGCUUAACGACGAAAUAAGUAUUGCACAGAACAGCGUCACGCGCAAAAUCAAGUUGUACAGUUACAACCCUAUAAGUGCAAGCUACCGAUGGGAUGGUAAUUUUGAGGUAAGCAUGUCAACGGGGUUACUUGAAACCAGCUGUCUCCAGGAUGAGGUGAAUGGGGAUAGCGAAUCUUUCAACGAAGGGGUCGCCGAAAGGAACGACAUGAUAUUCGAGGCAGCUAACUCGAUGGAAAAAAGAAACCGCUGCACGGAUAAAAUAACCAGGAGGUUCCACCAAACCGUACGGGAUAACACAUACGUGCAAAUCAACAACUGCGAAAACGACCUCCAAUGCAUCCCAUUGGGCAGAAAUCUCUCAUCAACAAAAGUGCCAAAGCAGAAAGACACAGGAAGAAGGGCCCUCUCAUUAAGCGGCUUUCUCUUCAUGGGAAUUGUCCAACGGUAUAUAAAAAGAUUGAAAAAAGGAAAAAGCAAAAAAUUAUAUUUUAAUGUCCUCUUUACUAGGGAGGGAAUCUACAACAUAAAUAAAUUUCAUGUUGUUUUCGAAGUGCAUAAUCAGACGUUCAUGGUGCAGCCGCUUAAUCAAUUAAUUGUUCAGGUGCACCGGUGA